AUGCCUAAGUUAGCUGUAUUUUCUCAGACAUUUUUCCUUGUCUUGAAUAUUGCAACAUUGUUGCAAAUAUGCAUUGCUAAGUCAUACAACGUUGUUGAUUUUGGGGCAAGGGCCGAUGGCAAGACCGACUCAUCAUCGGCCUUGUUGAAGGCGUGGGUGGCUGCCUGCAGCUCAGGCUCUGAAUCAACGGUUCUUGUUCCACAAGGAACGUUCCUGGUGGAUUCGGUAUCGUUGUAUGGACCAUGCAAGAAUAAAAUGCAGUUCCAACUAUUAGGAAAUAUUGUUGCUCCAAGUUACGAAUCACUGAGCAACCAUCAAUCAUGGAUAUCAUUCAAUAAUGUUGAUGGGUUGUCAUUUAUUGGUGGUGGCACUAUUGAUGCCAAGGGGAAGUUAUUGUCAUUCUCUCUUCAAGGCUGCAACAAUGUACUGGUUAACGGCUUGAAAUCGUUCGACAGCGAGGGUGUCCACAUUUCUAUCAAUGAAUGCAACAACAUCACCAUGCAAAAUUUGAUAUUAACUGCCCCAGCUGAUAGCCCUAACACCGAUGGCAUUCACAUUGGGAAUUCGAACUUUGUUAGUGUCCUCCACAGCAAGAUUGGCACUGGAGACGACUGCAUAUCAAUCGGCCCAGGCACUAGGAACAUGUGGAUGGACCAUAUUGUGUGCGGCCCCGGGCAUGGCAUCAGCAUUGGAAGCAUUGGUGGAGCACCACGCGAAGAAGGAGUCGAAAACAUUGAAGUGCAAAAUUCAGUGUUUACAAACACAGACAAUGGUGUUCGGAUUAAAACAUGGGCGAGACCUAGCAAUGCGACCGUUACGAAUGUCAAGUUCACUAACUUGGUCAUGAAAAAUGUUACAAACCCUAUAAUUAUCGAUCAAGAGUAUUGCCCUCAGAGCAAUUGCCCAAAAGGCGUACGUACUUGA